UCUCGCUCCCCCCCUUUCCUCCUUUCCGCGGUUUCCAACAUACCUACAUCGCACCCGCUCCCCCCUGUACCAUCUUGAGCCUAUUGCUCAUUCCGCCCACCACACCACCCUUGAUACACCAUGGCGUGGAAUCCGGACAACCCAACAACAGGCGAUAUCUUUGGAAGGCAUGCCAGAACACCCUCAAGAGGUAAUCGAGACACACCCGUAUCAUCCACCCCGCUUCGCCGAGGCCCAUCGUCAUCCAACGCAUUCACACAGACGCCGACAAGACACGGCAUGCAGGACCGCAUCCCCCGCCCCACUAUAGACGGCGCAUCAGAAACCAAGCAGACUUCCUUUGAGUGGCCAGUCCGUGACGUGCGGGCACUACAGGCACAGCUAUUAGCCGGGGAUGCAGAGGACGACGACGACUCCCGCCAUGAGAUCUUUGCCGGCGACGGGGCAUACUUUGACGACCUGGCGUACAAGCUUCAUCUCGAUGAAGCACUCGCCCGCCAAGUCUUUGUGGGUAUCAAGCCCUAUGGCACUCGAACGCUAGGGGAGCCACAGUGGAUAUGGUCGAUGGCUACCGUGGCGCUCUUCUCCAAGCGACAAGAGUAUCUCGAUGUGACCCUCCCGCCACUGGGCACACUGCUCGAAGAUCCGUCGGUAGCGGCAGACGACGCCUUCGCCAUCCGCAUUGUGAUCAAGCAUGUCUCCGAGCCAGGGCUCCCGCCCAUGGUGCACGCGGACCAGCAGUUUAUUAGCCGGCGUGUGACGCGCCAAAUGGCGGGCUUGCUCGACAGCAAGCGUUCUGGGGACGUACGGUUCCUGUGCCUCGAGCAUGCUGGCUUGGGCACUCCCGUGCAUGACGGAUCUCGACCCAUGGCUCGACGUCGGGUCAUUUAUGCGCACUCUGAGAUUCUGGUUCACAUCGAAUACUUCAAGGCGACACUCCACGGCCCUUUUAUUGAAGGAGCCGACUCGAACUUGCGGACGCUGGUCGUGGACGAUGCCGGCUUCAGCACCCUGUACUGGGUGCUUCGCUGGCUCUACACUGACGAGAUCUUGUUCAGCACUGCAGAGAGCGUGCGCAACGUCAUGUCUCAGUUUGCGGUCGAGGCUGAAGCGGUGCGAAAACUGCUCGCACUCGAGUCGUGGGAAUACCUGGCUGUUGGUGGCAGCGAGGAGCAAGACGAACCUUCGGAUAUUCGCGCAAAGCGAGGCAGCGGCAUAAGCGAUAGUGCUGCUGGUCGGCGCUCGCCCUCGAGUCUGAGCGUAUCAAGCGUCGCGUCAAGCUCGACGACAGCAGCGGCGGCGGCAAAAUCCAACGCCACCGCACCGCGCCGUGGGUCCGGUUCGGCGCUCGCUACGCCUACCCCGCGGGGCGCCCUCGCCAAGGCGUCACCGUCCAAGCGGCCCACAUCUCCGCGGCUGCCCGCGGGAUCUGGACAGCAGCAGCAGCAGCAGCCGCCGUCGAGGAAGCCCCCAAAGUCGCCAGACACGGCACCGACCUCGCCCAUGGGGAUUGGACGCGUCGCCUACUCGGGUUCGGCAACAGGCCCUCGGCGGUCGCAUCCCACCCCACCAUCCGAUCCCCACAGCCAUCCAACAGAACCUCCGUCCUCGCCGUCACCUCUGGCCGUGUUCAUUCUCGCGCACCGAUACGGCCUUGAGGAGCUUCAGGCGCUUGCCCGUGAUGCGGUGCUACGCCAUCUGACGACGGAUACGUGUAUCGCAGCGCUGCUGGCGACGUACCACUUUUCGGAUCUCCACGGGGCGAUUCUCGACUAUGUGAGCGACAACUGGUCCGAGGUCAGUGCUUCGCCCGAACUGGACCGAUGUUAUCAAGAGGUUUCUGCUGGCGUCGCCGCCCAUGAAAUCGCCCACCAGAUCAACAACUCGGGCUCGACCAUCCUCUUCAUCGACCCCGUCCUCCUCCCCAUCUUUGAACAGGCGCGUAAAGAGAUCAAGCGCGACUUUCCCGACGACCGCAUUGUGCUCCUCGUCCCUAGGGACCAGAAGCCGCUCGGCACGGGCCACAAGGCCCUCAGCGAGCUCUUUGGCCGCCGCGGUGUCCCCGAGCGCCGUGAGGGCGUGCAUGUCCACGACACGGCGACUCUCUGCUACUCGUCGGGCACGACCGGUCUCCCCAAGGGUGUCAUGACGACCCACCACAACCUCACCAGCCAGAUCCAGGCCUUCAACGUCGCCUACGAGCCCCUCGACUACCACAAGGAUGUCAUCCUCGGCUUUGUCCCAUUCAGCCACAUCUACGGCCUGUCCGUCCUCAUGUUCCAGGUCUUGUCAAAGGCCACGCCAGUGGUUAUUCUUCCUCGUUUCGACGAGCUCGCCGCGCUGCGUGCGAUCGAGAAGUACAGGGUCACACACUGCCUCAUCGUCCCCCCAGUUAUCAUCACGCUCGUGCACUCGCAGCACCUCGACAGCUUUGACGUGUCGUCGCUCAGGAGUGUCAUGUCGGCUGCCGCCCCGCUGUCUACCGAGCUUGCCGAGGCCUUCCGCAAGCGUCUCCCCGGCGCCUUCAUCACCCAGGGCUACGGCCUUACCGAGACUUCGCCCAUCAUCACGACGUUUACGUCGCACGACUCGCAGGGCAAGGCCGGCUCCAUCGGCCGCCUGCUGCCCACGUUUGAGGCGCGCCUCGUCACCCCGGACGGUGGCGACGCUGCCCGCGGCGAGCGCGGUGAGCUCUGGGUCCGCUCGCCAUCCGUCAUGAAGGGCUACCACGCCAACCCCGAGGCGACUGCCAAGACCAUGUCGGGCGAGUGGUUCAAGACGGGUGACGUGCUGGUGCGCGACGACGACGGAUGGUACACUGUUGUCGACCGUGUCAAGGAGCUCAUCAAGUUCAAGGGCUUCCAGGUUCCCCCCGCCGAGAUGGAGGGUCUGCUGCUCCAGAACCCCAAGGUUGCCGAUGCCGGUGUUGUCGGCGUGUACGACGCGUCGCAGGCCACCGAGCUGGUGCGCGCGUACGUCGUGCCGAAGAAUGUGACGCUCAAAACGGCCGAGGACGAGGCGGCGUACGCGCGUGAGCUGUCGGCAUGGGUCGCCGCCCGUGUCGCGCACUACAAGCGUCUGUCUGGCGGCGUCGCCAUUGUCGACUCGAUCCCCAAGACGCCAUCGGGCAAGAUCCUGCGCAAGGACCUGCGUGUGCGCGCGCAGGCCGAGCGCGAUGCCACCGGCCACGGCGCGACGGCCAAGUUGUAG